UAUAUAACGAGCAGGACUCAUUUGUUCCCCCAAAAUACGAAGAAUCUUAAUAAGGCAAGUGAAAAGGGAGUAGUUGAGUUUGAUCAAAGGCAGAAAAUUUCAACAGUAACACCAAAGAGAAUUCCAUUUUCCCCCAAUCUUCUCGGUUUCUUUCCUCAUUGGAAACCCUCGUAUAUCUAGGUUAGAGAAAGAAAGUUCGAAGUUUUAGCGCUGUUAAGUUUAUUAUUUUGGAGAUUACUAGGGUUCACUGGAAGACAUGGCGAUAGGAUUUGAGGGCUAUAAUUUUACAAGAACACGAUCGCUUGGAAGGAAGAGGGUUGUUUCUGGCAAUGUAGAAGGUUCUCCUCUUGAUUCAGAAACUGAUAUGGCUCCAUUGAAGAGAGUGUGUAGUGGGAGGUUCAACUUCAACUCUGAAAGGUCUCUCCUUGAAGCCCUUCCUCUUGAUAUUCUGAUUAGGGUGCUGUGUGGUGUGGACCAUGAGGAUUUGGAGCAGCUUCUGCAUGUCUCGAAAACGAUUAGCGAAGCAGCUGAAGUUGCAAAGAGGUUCCACUUUGAGUACAGUACUCCAAAGAAGAAAACUUUUGAUUCCUUUCAUUCUUCCAUUAAUUUUAAUGAUGCAAAAGGGUUUGAGGAAAUUGCAACUCCAAAGGCACCAUUGAGGAAAUCCAAGUCAAGGCUGAAUAGUGGGAAGCUGGCUUCAAUUUCAGUGGCCUUGUUUGCAUCAGAUGAUGAACAGUAUUAAGUCAAGGGAAAAGAGAACAAAGUGAUGAUAUGAUCACAGCUUUUCCCUUUGCUGUGUAAAUAGAUUGUGUUUGUUGUUUGUAUAUUGAAUUAGUAGAUUACUCCUAGAUUAGGAAGGGAUUUGAGCUGAUUUCACACGUCUUAAGAAUCUUAACAUGUCCUUAUCUUCAAAAUCUUCAUUGAAGAUUGCUAUGGGCUUGUUCUGUAAUCUUUCUGUAAAUCUCUAUAGAAAAAAAUAGAAAAUGAGAGAAGAUUCUAGUGAUUUUGUUUGGAGGGAAAUCUAGACCCUUCUAAUCUGAUAAGUUUGAGUGUGUGCUGUUUAAUGCUGCAUACUCUCUGUGCUCUGUUGAAUAAAAUGAUUAAAGCUUCCACUUCUAUGAUUAAA